AUGUUGACGGGUGCGGCAGAUGCAUUCACACAGUAUGUAAGCAACUUCUCUGGGCGACAGGCCCGGCGCAUACGCGUUGGGAAAAGUGUUACGGCGUCAUUUCGCCAAAUAUCCGAUGCCAUUCGCAGCUCGCGCCCCUACGAUCGCAUUGAAGUGGAGAGCGGGAGGUACUUUGAGGCGUUGACAAUUAGCCACUCCGUCGAGCUGUGUAGCGCAAAUGACGGAGAGCCGCCUGUGAUUGUUUCGCGGGGUCCAUGCUUGAAAAUCACUACUGAUGACCCAGUUCUUGUGGAGAAAUUGUGCAUCCUGGCAAAAGGAACAAAAGCCUCCGAUAGUCAAGGCAUAUUGAUUGAACGCGGCAGUCCACUUAUCCGGGACUGUGAAAUUUCUUCUGUGCACGUUGUCCGUGACGCCACACCGCGGAUCUUGCAUUGUCACAUCUGCAAUUCAGACUAUGGGUGCGGUUUGUCUAUCACCGAAAGCAGCGGCGGCGUCUACGUGAGUAAUGAUAUUAGCUACCACAACGAGCAAUGUGUCUACAUCAACACGCGGGCAAAUCCCGAGCUACGCCAAAACUGCAUCUCACUGAAGCAGGGGCAGAAGAAUGUAGCGGUGGUUAUUAGCGCUCGACUGUGUGGUGUGUGUGAACCUGUCUUCUGCGAGAAUAUCAUUCGGGGUGGUGAUGAUAAGGCAAACCAGGAAGGUAUGGACCCCACCUCGGUGCAUUUUCCUCAGAUGUUGUACGAGGACAACUCAGGUGGACGGGAGUCUCUUGUGAGUGUCAUGAAUGGGGCAACGCCUUUUAUGACUGGAAAUUUGCUUUGUAACGGUGUCACUGGGUUUUACUUUAAGGACUGUAAUCUGCCAAAGGAGUGCUUUUGCAACAAUCGUGUUAUUGGAUGCUCCGCCUGGGGGCUUGUCGUUGGGGAGGGGGCAUCAUUGGUUGCCGCUAAGAAUGAGUUUCAGAUGUGCGGUGGGGGCAUCUAUGUGUCUUCCACGGCUUCCUGUCACGUUACUGCUGAGAAGUCCCAUUCUGUGGUGUUACAACAGUGUGAGUUGUACAAAAAUGUUCACUACGGCAUUAUCGUUGAUCACGUUGCCAUUGGGAUUAGCGGGUGCAGCAUCGAGGAGAGUUCCGUAGGCAUUACUCUGCUUGGAAACUGUGCAGCUAGUACCAUUACAAAGAACACGUUAACUGGUAACCGCGUGGCCGCGUUCUCUGUGCUGCGUCGUGGUGCAGUCGUCAUCGAAGAUAAUGUCGUACACGGGUGCAAAACUGGUAUGUACGGGGUUUUUGCGCAAGAAGGCUCGAAUGUGACGCUACGGUCGAAUCUCAUUGAUGGGACCUUGACUAGUGUUUUCCUACGAAAGGGAAGUUGCAUUGUGGCGGAGAAGAACGCCCUGCGGGAGUCCUCUGUACACCAUGUGGUUCUCACGGGACGCAGCAAGGCGACUUUGCGUAACAACACUAUUGAAGGCAGCUCCUGCGCCUCCGUGGUGGUGGCAAGCCAUAGUGAGUGUACAGUGUUUGAGAAUGUCAUGUACUCUGGCCCAGUCGAAGGCGUAUUGGUGGAGGAUGGAGGAAGUGCUAUUUUUGAAAAUAACAGUAUGAGUUCCUUUGGGGAAACGAUGUAUGUAAAAACGGGUGGCUCUUUGCAGGCGAGAGGAAAUGAUAUUACACUUGGUCAAUAUGGGGUGGUUGUGGAGGGAGAGGGAAGCAGCGCUGUUGUUAGUAACAAUUGCUUUCGUGAGAUGAGUGCAAUGGCGGUGAGCGCCACUGAGCAUUCCACAGUCACAGUUAAUGGAAACACCAUGACGGACUUUACCGCGCUUAGCAUUCAGAUUGGCUCUGGUGCCACAGCUGUUAUUGAGAAGAACAAUUUCAAAAAUGUUAACGCUGGCGUCAUUCAUGUGGAUGGCAUCGGGACGCAGUGCAAAGUGCUCUGCUGUUACAUGGAGCGAGUUGUUUACGGGGUUCAGUUCACGCGGGGCUCCACCGGUGUUAUUGAUGAGAAUGAAAUACGCCUCUGUAAAGCUUUUGGGGUGGCAUGCAACUCUAAUGGAGCUGUCACUGUGCAAGGUAACACCAUCGUAGCUGCCAAACGUGGAAUUGAACUCGUCUCUGCUGGUGAUAUACGUGACAACGUUAUUGAGGAGAGUGAGGUUGGGAUAUAUGCCCACACCAGUGCCACGGCGCAGGUACGUGAUCAUUGUCUCAUCAAUUGCACUGUAGGGCUGUGUAUUAUGAAUGAUGUGCAUGCCAACUUUACGGCCAUUAAAAUUUUCAAAUCAAAACAGUUUGGUGUGGCAGUCAAGGGUCCAACUCCUGCUGUGACGGUAAGCCAUGUUACCAUUGAGGACGCUGGAGUGGCUGGCGUGCUUGUGCAAAACGGGGGGGAAUGUCGCUUUGAGCAAUGCAUCAUUAAGGGCAGUAAGGUUGAUGGCAUCCGGAUGGAGCAAGCAGGUGCGGUGGUAUUUGAGCACUGCAGCAUCUCGGAACAGUGCCGGGGUGUGAAUGCGGUCGGUGCAUUGUCAAAUAUAGGGGCUACAUGUGAGCCGAGGUUUAUAAACUGCACCAUUGAUGGAAGUCUUUGCGAGGUGGGUGUGUCAAGUGUGAGGCAGGGCAUCGUACGCCUUGAGUUGUGCAAAAUCAGUGCCCGUGCUCCAGAACAGGGACGCGGUGUCGUGGUGCAGGAAGGCGGAGCGGUGUUGCUCUCGCGCUGCGACGUUUCCGGGUGUCCUUGUGUCGGUGUGACAUCCUCCGCCAAGUCGCACUUAAUGGUGGAGCACUCAACCGUCGAUGACUGUGGCACUGGUGUCUGCUUCAGCUCUGAGAAGGACAUGACAUCUUCCCGGCAGAGUCGUACUACAUUUAACGAAUGCGGCAGCACCCAUAACACAGCAAGCAAUACUCUCACUAUGAACGAUGGCGCCGCAUCGGCAUUGCCUACGCUCUCUCAGGUAACCAUCAAAAGAUGCACGGAGGCCGGUAUCUUGUUUGAAGCUUGUGGCUCUGGUGUCGUAAACUGCACGAGGGUCGUCGAAUGCGCAAAGGGAAUUAUUUUGCAGCGUGGGAGCACCGUGACAAUUGAUUCGACCGUUGUGCGCGGCUCCGUGGAAUGCGGUGUACUUCUGCUUGGUCGGCCUUCAAGCAACUCUGUGCUCACCUGCUUGACUAUUACUGACUCGGGUGGCUGCGGCGUAAAGGUGGAUAGUGCCGUUGAUGUGGACGAAGCGGAGGCGAAGGAAGGGACAGAGCAGGAGGAACCAAAGAAGCUUCCGACCUUCCAAAAUUUUGAGGUGCUACAAAAUGCAAAGGGUGGAGCUGUGUUGGAGGCGUGUGUGCACUUUGAAGGGUGUACAUUUGCCCACAAUGUUGCAACAGGGGUGCUUUGCAGCGGAAACUCUCGUCCGCUGCUGUCAGCCUGCCACUUUACGCACAACGCGGAGACAAACCUAGAGGUGCACGCCGGUUCUAUGCCUGAGUUGCAGGACUGCGUCGUAGAGCAUGCCCCAGUUGGGGUGCGUGCGAGGUCUGCCGUGAAGAUGACACGAUGCAUCGCGCAGCACCUCGGUACUGCUGUAGAAUUUUUUAUUGCUGGAACGCCUUCUGAUGUUUCACAGUUUUUGGGGUGUGUCUUUGCAAACAAUGAGACGGGAGUCUCCUGCGCCGGCGAGGUGUGUGACAAGAUGCGGAGUGAAAUCUUCCUCGAGGAAUGUGUUUUCCACAAUAGCACAGACGCUGGUGUUCAGGUCCACAAGGGUCCGAAGACGCUACUAAAGGCCUGCAGAUUUGAAACAUCUCGCGAAGGUGUGCGUGUCGCGGAGGAGGCUGUGGUGGCCGUUGAGGAGUGUGGCUUCAAGGAGAACGCGAUGGCCAUCACCUCCUUAGAUGCGGCGUCUGUGAAAGUGAAGGCCUCCACCUUUGCCGCCCAGAAACAGUAUGCGGUGAGCGUCACUGGUGACGGCGGGAAGGUUCACAUCGCCGGCAACCAUUUUAGUGGGAACGCUGCGCACAGUGUCUUUCUUUCUGCCCAGAAAACCGUCGUUUUGGUGCACGGCAACACGUUCGAAGUGGAUAUCUGCGGCAUCUUUUUGCAAAUAACCCCCCAGGUCUUUGUCUACAACAACUGUUUCCGCGCUUGUCAAACAGGUAUCGUGUUUCACGGUGCAGGAUUGUGCGGGAAUGUUUUUGGAAACAUCUUUGAAAAAAAUAGGUGUGGCUGCUGUUGCGAGGAAAAUGCCGCUGCAUAUUUGUGGCGGAAUACGUUUAAGGAAAGCAGUGAGUAUGGGAUGUUUGUGACGACUGGGGCAACACCAAUUGUUGUUGAUAGUUCAUUUUUACACCAUACCAACUCCAGUAGUGUUGCUUUAUGUGUUCGUGACGGUGGGUUAGGGCACUUCGCCUUUAAUCGAUACUCUGACAAUGUGUGCGGGAUGCAGCUGGAGAGCACAGGCGGGACUGCUACCAUUAACAGUAGCACCUUCGAGGGGAAUGAUGUCGCCAUACGAAUAAAGGAAGGAACUGCGGUACAUGUCGUCGCGUGUACGUUUGCAUCUAGUGUUUCAAGUGACAUUUUCGCUUCCGGUGCAAUCGAGCACGACCAAUGUGUCGUGGCUUACAAUUCCUUUGCCUCUACACGCUCUGCCGGUGUUACGAUUGAGAAUUGUGCCGGAGUUACGGUGUAUCGCUGUAUCUUUUUUGGGAUGGAAGGCACCGGCGUUGUUCAGGGCCGCUCUGGAAAGGGUCGUGUACUUGAAUGUCUCUUCUACGGGCUAGGCUGCGGUGUUCGUGUGGCGGACCGUGGUGAUGGUACGGUUGGCGACAGUCACUUUAUCCGUUGCGCCACGGCAGUAGAGGUGUGCCGAUUUGGUCAUGGCAACUUUAAUUUGUGCUCCUUCGUUGCUUGCCCAACGGGUUCAGCGGUGCUUGUGGCUGUCCACCACGCCUCCACCCCGAAGUUCCAACAGUGUAAAUUUAUUGGAUGGUUGAAGAUGCUGCAACCACUUCUGCGUUCUAGCGGUGGUGGUCUUGUGGAAAACUCUUUAUUCCUCGCCGGUGAACUCGCCGUCAUCUUGGAUGGUGGCUGUGAAAUGAAGCUGCAAAAGAACACCUUUCUACGGGGCGUACUUGGCGUGCGGUUCAACCCCCGCUCGCUGGGAAAGGUGGUAAAAAACACUUUUCACCGGCAUCAGUUGGCCGCUGUGAACAUUAUGGACAACGCCGCGGGGGAAUUGAAGGGGAAUGUGUUUGCUCAGUCACCGGAAGGCGGUGGACUGCUGGUGGGGCUACACGACGUUGUUUUAGACGCGAACAAGUUUAUUGACAAACUCCCGGUACGGGAAACAAAGGAAACCUCUGACGGUGUGAGCAUGGAGUCCAAUCUCAUUGCCGCAUUUGCUGAACACCUUGCGGCAGCACCGCAGUGGGUCAGACACGGUAUGGGUGAGACCCCGCAAGCCUCUGCACUGCCGUCACCCAUCUUGACGGUGAUGAGAGCGCCGGAAACGAAACAAGGUACAGAAGAACCGAAGACUGAGACUGAGGAAGAAGAUAUGGCCAAAGAAGCAGCGGAGAAGAGUGUUACACAGAAAGCAGGGGGACGCACAAAAAAAAAUGUAGGGCGCCCUAAAUCAAAAACGAAAUUGGCAGAUGUUUUCAUCUUUUAUUUGAGUGAUGCCACCGUUUCCGUGCCAGAAGGCGUUCAGGAGACACUUGCAAGGUGGGCGGAGAUGCAUGAUGUCGUGUUAAACGUGGGGGAAAUGGAACAUCCAGUUAUACCCGAUGCACCGACGCAAACGUGUGAUACUACGAUCCUACGAGAUGUUACGACGCACUUGUCUGCAGUCUCGGAUGCGCGGCGUGCAAAGGAGCGAGGGGACGUUGCAGGAAAUGAGUCGAAUGACGUUAGAGGAGCUGUUGUGCGUAAGCUGAGCUUGGAGCACAGUGAAUAUCCACCUGUGGAAGAGGAGCAAGAAGCCACGCUGGUGGAUUCCAAGAUGACGAAUGGAGUGACAUCUUUGCUUCCUGUGAAGCAACUGCGGUCUGCAGAGGGUGCUUCCUGCCCUCGUCUUGCCUCUAUGGCUGAAGCGCCGAAGGGCGUUCAGAUGGUAAAACAGGUAAAGCGGAAGCGGCGCCGAACGUUUCCUCCACCAUUGAAUAGUUUUAAACCGAGAUCGCAACCAGCUCGUCAGCCUACCUGUGGGCGUAUAGUGACGCUUGCAGCGUGUCUUGACGAGUGCGCUGUGAAGGAUUAUCGCAAGCCUAAAAGAAAGGAGACUUGCGAGCAAAUCUCUGUGGGCGCCUCUUUUGAGGGGAAGCUGGCAGUGUUGCAGGAGGAGGAACCGUAUUCUCCUUCAGCCGAGAGUGGCAAGGGAGUGUGUAGUGAAACCGCCUGUACAUCCUUAAUUGAGGCUGGCAAUGCGUCCAGGCGUUCAAAUGGGAAGGGGACCGUGCUUUUUGGUGAUGGGGGGGGUCUUUCACAGUUUAGUGCGCCGCAUUCUCCAAAGAGCAUGAUACGAGUCACGCAUGAACUAAGCCAGUCCAGCGUCCACCAUGGAGUAGUGAUCUACUCUGAGGAGCCUGCAGCCUCGCGCGAUGACAUUGGUUUUAAGGGGGGGGUGUUAGUGUCCAGCAAAAGUCACUCGCAAAUUCUCUGGGAUAGGGGAGGUAUGUCAACCUCAAAGCUUUCAAGAAGCAGGAGCAGUGAGGAGUCCAAAACGGGUACUAUGGGGGGUAAAAGGGGUCUUAUGACAAUCAGUUUCAUCACGGAGGAUGUGAAUGAUGCAGAAGAUGCAAAUGACAGCAGUUCUGGCGGCUCUCGCAGCCUUGUCACAGAUGAGCGCGCUCAUCGCAAGUGGAAGAACGCCAAUACAGUGUUGGGUGCUCAACAAGCAAGCGGCGAUGAAGUCGAGCAACCAAGCAGUCUGUUGGAUGCACGGAAUGAAGGCUCUUACCACACACAACAGCGCCGCAAAGAUCGCGAGGAAGCGGUCUCCGAUGAAGAGGAAGGGCGGGGUACAAGAAAAUGGAAGAGGCUCACAAAGCAGAGCUUCAGGAAAGGCACAACAACGAUGCAGAAGCGAGAGGCAACGCCAACGACCUCAGAGAGCAUGACGGGAACCGUAAAUUCCACAUUAGCAAGGAUGUCUCAGAGCGAUGUACUACCACGCGGAAGCGCCCGCGUGCGUACGGGGGCGCGGCGUCCGAGGGGUCAGUCCGAUGCUGCACAUACUUCACAAGUGUCUACGGUUCACCUUGAAGGCACUUGCUUGGCGGAAGCUGCUGAAUCAGUGGGGAAAUCGACGCCCAAGGCAACACCGUCGCCGACGCCCCUGCACAGUAAACGAGGCGUUGGUAAGGUUGGAGUUUUGCAGUCCGAAGUUUACGUACCUGACGGUGCAAUUGCGCCUCCUAAACAGCUGAAGGCGGCUGCAUCUUCCAUGCAAGCCAAGAAGGGAAUGAAGAAAGUGAGGUUGGAUUUAAGACAAGGAGGUAAAAUGACGAAAUCUUCCUCAACUCAAGCUCGCACGGCGAUGUCGCCCCUUGGCAAUGACAAUUGGGGGGUCGCAGACGCCGAAAGUAGGCUUGAAUCAAAGGAGGUCUCUGCUCCUACAACCAGCAUGGAUAAAUUCCAAGGCAACGAGUCUAUAGCAGGCUUUUUGCACAACACCGUUAAAAAAGAGGCAACGUCUAGUGACGAUAUUGAGAGCAUGGCGUUUAGUUCAUUAUUGCAACGACCUGAAACGGUCAAGAUGCCCCGCUUAAAAACCGAUGGUGAAUCACAGGCAUCAGAGCAGGGAGGUGGGAUGAAGAACAGGCAGGUUGAAAUUGAAGGGUAUGAAAAUGCGCGUUUUCCCAAGGUAGCGAUGCCAUCGUUGCAGGGCUCUCUCCCAAGUCAUAGUAGUGCAACUUCUAACAGGAACACUGAUGACCAUGGUAAUACAAUUUAUGGUCAACGUUCUGGGAGCUUGAGUAAUGAAGUAAGUAACGCUUUGGAAAAGUCUGCUUAUCCCGCUCUUUCCGAGAAGGGUCGUGCAUUGCUUGGGCUUCUCGGGAACACUGUACUACAAGACGACGCGGUGUUGCAAGAGCAUGUGCGUGUUGCGAGUGCUGGACCAUGUCGAAGAAGAGCGUUGAGUUGCGGAGGGGCUGAUGUGACGGCACCUUCACCCGGCGCCAAAAAACUCAAACCAUGGAAGAAGAGGACGAUCGAAGAAGGAAAGGAAGAGGAAUUAAAAGAUGAAGAGGAAAAAGAGGUGGAAGAAACAGAAGAAGAGGAAGAAGAAACGGAGGACAUUAUUGCCCUCCUUCGUUGGCUUGUUGAGCUCCGCGGGAAGAGGCUUCUCACCGAGGAACGCUUUAGUAGAGCUAUCGAGUGCAUUCAGGUGAAUACCCGAGUUCCAUUCUUUCUUUGUGAGGGAAGCGGGGCAGGAGGGGCCCCAACGCUGAUGGUUCAUUUGCCACAAACCCCUGAUGAGGCUGUCACCGUCCCCUUGCUUGGGAUCCCAAUGGACAUGGGGGAAAGGACACAAUGCGUCAAGGAGGGAAACAACCGCGGCUUCCACUCCCAAAGAGCAAAGUUAGGCGUUGUGAGGGGUGUUGCCGAAACGGGCGUAGAGUACAAGUGGGAGAACUUGCCGUGGCUGGAUAAGGUAGCCACUGGUGAAGCAGGGAAAGCAGAUGCGAGGCGAAGUAUCCCGACAGCCGCUCGAAUCCUUCACAAGAGCAUGCCACUGCCCCCCUUUGUACCGGCCAAAAAUCCACUUAGUCACUUUCAUGAUGGCAACGAGGCAUUGCUGUCCGUGGGAACUGCAAUUAAAUAUGUAGUGCCUUCGCAUUCACCUCAUGGAGGGCUUGGCGCACUCAGCUUGUCAGGGAAUAGACUCCCACGGGGUGUGGUUGAUUCAGUUACGGGGUCACUGCACAGGGGUAACGGGGAACUGGCAUUCUCCCUUCGUGAGUCCGUCCGAAAGGCUCGUAAUGAGCUUAUGAGCGACUUCAACCCCGCAAUGCCGAAAGAGACUUCACCCUACAAUAAAACGCCGAGGGUAGCUGCAUUCAUAGCUGCUGGCAUUACAAAUUUCAUGGCGUAA